UAUCAGAAAACAUAGGAAAUGAAGUUGAUGAACUGAACCCUCAAUCGUCACUGCAAAACCCUAGGAAUUAGGAAUCGAAGACACAGUGAGAUCAGAAAUGGCGAUGGUGAGGGGGAAGGAGACAAUCAAGAGCGUGAUGAAGAAGUUCGGCGACAAAACCCUAACGCCGCGGCUGAAGGAGGAGCUGAAGAAGAAGGGCACCAUGGGAGGGAAAACCCUACCCACCCGAUUGAGAGAGGAGCUCAAGAAGAAAGGCAUGCCCGAUUCGAAUAUCAUCAUGGGUCGGGCCAAGCGCGGCAUCUACGCCGGCCGCCACAUCCAGUUCGGCAACCAAAUCAGCGAAGACGGCGGCAACAAAUCAAGGAGGACAUGGAAGCCAAAUGUGCAGGAGAAGCGGCUCUUCAGUUACAUCCUAGACCGCCACAUACGUGUCAAAGUCACCACCCAUGCUCUCCGUUGCAUAGACAAGGCAGGUGGGAUUGAUGAGUAUUUUCUGAAAACACCUUACCAGAAGAUGGAUACGGAAAUGGGAUUUGUCUGGAAAGCCAGAAUUGAAAAAUUAUAUGAAGAUGUUGGGCACAAGCAGGUUGCUUUUAAUAAACCUGAAGCUGAAGCCGAAGCCAACUUGGAACAAGGAUUCAAAAACCUAAAAAUAGACGAAAGGGAAGUCAAGAGACAGAUGUAUGGUUGGUCGAAGAAACUAAAACAGAUCGAGGAAGGAACUGACAAACAAGUAGCUGAUGCCGUAGAUGCAAAGGUCGAUGCAGGAAGCUCUCAUGUUGAUGUUCCCGAGCAAUUGGUCGCAAACUCCUGAGUUUAGAACUCUUAAACCAGCUCGUGGGAACUCUUAAACCAGCUCGUGGGAUGUUCUUGGUUUUGGUCAGCUACUCUCCGUGUUUCAGAGUUUUGUUUCUCUUCAGGUUUUUUUAGAGAGAAAUUGUAGCAGUAGUAGCAAAGCCUGAUAAGCAGAAGUUUGUUCAUCUUUACUCAUCACGGAAAUUCAUGACAUUCACGUUGGUUUCAAUACAGUUUUGUACUGAAUAAUUUCCGUAAUCUGCUGUAGAUUGCCCCCAGAAUCGGUAGCAAUGUUUCUGUCAUUAAAGUAAAAUUCAAUUAACUUGAGUUAUGAUGCACCUUAGAACU